AUGGCACCUUCGGAUGCCAAUGAUAGCUUUGAAACGCAUCACUGGAAGUCGGAGUUUGCUUCCAGUCGAUCCGGACGCAACUCCCCCAACAUCUUCGCUCAAUUCCGCAGAAAACUGCUUCUGACGCCUCCGGUCCGAAACGCCCGAUCCCCGCGGCUUACCGAGGAGGAAUUGGAUGCUCUCACCGGAGAUUUGUGAGUCUUUGACCUGUAUAUUUAUUCAAAUUACCCUCUUCAUGCAACAGAUGGACUUGCGUAGACGGGAUGUGGUUCUUGUUUGGACUGUACCGGGGGGAGGGUACCAACAAAUAUGUAUAAGCAUUGGGGAAACGGGGAGUAGAAGAAGAACAUAGAAAGUAUCAGAUGACUUGGAGGGCAAGAAAUCUGAGUACGUAUCGGUCAUUCAAGACUUUCGACUUUCGACUUCCCGCUAGGUGAACGACCUUCCUCCCUUCUUUCUUUUCCACCCAUCAACCAUCCAUUUCCCCAUAGUUUACUACUUUUUUAUCAGUCCAUUUUAUCACAACUCCCCAUUGUAUAUCAUUCAACAACAAUAACAACCAAUUUAUAGGCCGUACGCAACGAAUUAUACGUACGCGUACAGCAAAAUCUACGACCCAACACUGCCCGAUCACUGGGAAGUGCCCAAUUUGGGCGGAGGACCAUCGCCCGGAUAUCUGACCGAACAGGAACAUUUUUCGGCAGCCAGUCUCAGCAGACAGCUGCUCUACAUCCUUCGAUUCCCGCUGUAUCUGGUACUCCACGCAAUCACCUACAUCUUGGAGGCGUUCUACCAUCUCAUCAAGAUUGCCACGUUCUCGUUGUGGGAUUAUAUCCUGUACUUGAUCAAUUUUGGUAAGUUUUUGAGAGUUGCGUCAAAUUUGAAACUACGAGUGCAUUUUAUUCUCAAGUGAGUAGAGUAGCACAACAUUUCUGUGAUUUUGAACGUUUCCUGUCUUUGAGCUAAUUUUAUUGAAAACUGCUGUGAAAUUAUUAAUGUCUUUUAAGAACCGGCCAGAAGAUGAUGUAGACUCGACUAUAUGGGGUUUACUAAAGUUUCUACAGUAUUUCUGACGUAUCUUGAACACAUUUCACUCGACCUUGCUUCUAGAAAAUCAGAAGCAGUAGUAAACACUGUUCUACGUCAGAAUGCUGUUUACUAAACAGCAUUCUGACGUAGAACUUACAGCAGUUUGCAAACAAUAACCAGAGCCUCAUUCUACUUCAAUCCAAUACUAAUCUAUUUCAUUUUCAGCCAAGUCCCGUUUCGAAGCCUAUCAAGACAACCGCCGCCGCACCGCUCUAAUCCGCAUCCGUCAAGAACCAUUUACUGCUAAAGCAUCGCGAUAUUUUCUAUCCAUCUGGGAGAUUAUCACUUACAUCGUGCUUGCCCCUAUCAGAAUGAUCAGGAACAGAAAUAAUGGAGUGGAGCAGUACAACUACACAUCUAUCAAGGAUCAGCUGGAGAACGAGAGGGCUAGCAGAAUGGUUACCAGAUCGCAAACUCUUGCGAGAAGCCGCAGAUUCGAAGGGCUUUCGCAAUCCCCGGCCCGUCACUACUCCCCAGCCGUCACCACCAGCACCAUCACGCGAAUUACUAAAAGAGUUUUUGGAGAUGGAGAUUCUGAUGCGUCUGCGAUUGUGCCAAGCACUCCAACCACUUCGGCUGCUGCAAUUUCUGGCUCUAGAACUGUCGCCGGUCGUUCGCUGACUCCAAGAAUCCGUGGAGUUCCUCAUGGCGGACGUGUUAGCUGGGGGAGCACUGACAGACCGGAAAGCUCGGCUUCUCAGUACGGUCUUCGCACUCGCGGUGGCGUGUUCAGCAACCUCAACUCUCCGGAACCAUCUUUCGACAUUGGACGCGCUGCUGCCACCUCUACUCCCUUGUACGCCAGCAACCUUGAGAGCACCGGAAACACCAGUGGAAUCUUUGAUACGCUUCAAACUGGUGUGCAGAACAUUGACGCUGGGAACAAGCUGCAGACUGCCGCGUCCUGGUUUGUCUACCUAAUUCUCUUGCCGUUUUUCGCUCUGAAGCACGUCGCCUACACGUUCUACGACUACGGAUACAGUGCCUACAUGAAGAUUGUCGAAUUUGAACCGGUUCCUUGUGACCCUAUCUAUGCCGAGUGAGUUAUUCCUUCUCAAAAGUUGAUUUGUUUGCGAGAAGUCUUGUCUGAAUCUACUCUCUUUAGCGUACAGUUGAACAGCAUUGUAAUUUUGACGAAGUGACAGAUUGUCAACACAAAUUGAGCUUACAAUGAAAUUGACUUCUCGUGCGGAAUCUGGUUAAUUUUCUCCAUUAUGCAAUUACCGUGUCGGCUGUAGACUGUUGUGGUGAUGGCUGGGGGACUAGAAAAUUCUUCGCCGUGUUCUUCUCGGGGACGUUUCAGCUUUCUCGAAAAUUGCACAUUAAAAGUUGUAGAACAUUUUUUAUUUUCAGUGAAGAAGCAGAAAAUGAUGCAAUCGCUGCGGCGGCCGCUGCACAGCUCCUCGCCCCACUGGACCCAACGGCUCAGGCCGAACUCCAAUUCACCUCAUGGACCGACACUGUAUUCGAGUGUUUCGGAACCAUUUUCACAAGUAUUACUAACUUUGCAUACGACGUUGUUGAAGUUUUUGUUGCUGGACUCCAAGACAUUGGAUCUUAUGCUUUGAAAACUAUCGGACUCGGAGGCGAGAGAAAACGGGAAAGGGUCCACGUGCCAAGUCGCUUCUCCUGGUGCAACAUCUUUGGAAUCCUCUUGGCUCUGCUCCUUGCAUUCCUUCUGUUUGGCUUCCUGACUUCGGAUAACACGGCGAUCCGCGCAAAGGAAUUGGACGGACACCCUCCGAUUAAAGUGAAUACGUCGCAGUUUAGUGACGGUGAUGCUGGUUUUCCGAUCGCUCCAAUUUUUGCCACAACCAAGAAACACGUCACGCACUACGCUUGGAUGAUUAAGGAAUACUUUAUCGAUCUUGGUGAGCCCUGUCUGAUGAUCAAUUUCUUACUGUACACAUUUCCAGCAUUCUCCGUCUACAACGCUCUGACACCGGUGGCAGCUUGGGUUGCAACUUUACCAGGAUACGUCUACCAUCAAAUUAGCAAUGCGGCGUACUUUGUGCUUGAUUUCACUGGAACAUUCUUCACUUCGAUUCGUGAUUUCCUCUGGAGUUCUGCGACCUACCUCAAUGACAAAAUCAUCUCACUGACCAGAUACUUGAACAAAGCAAUUUUCGGAUUCUUCGGAGGAUCGUACGAUUGGGUUGCUGAUACUGGUGAGUUCCACAGCUCAAAAAUUACAAUUCGUCAAUUUUUAAACAAAACGCUUCCAGCUGACUCUACUUUGACCUCCGUCUCCAAUUUCUCACUGGCCCUUUCAAAAACCUGGUGGGAGGUGAUUGACACCGUCUAUCUGAACGUCUUGGAAAACUUUCAGUGGGCAUAUCACACCUUUUGUGAGUACUUGACCAAAUGUUUCUAGAAUUUAUCAAAAUUAACUUUCAGAUGACAAUGUGAUCGCUCCAGUUAUCCACUUCUUCACCAAGCUCGCCGGGAACUACCACGAGAUCAUUGUGCAACCUGUUGUGAACGCAUUCAAGUAUCUGUGGAGCCUUGUUCUCAGUGGAGCUAACAGUGCGGUCCGAGCGGUUGGAUGGUGCAUUGGCACGUUCCUGUACUGGAUCACGUACUCCUUCAAAUAUAUCGCCGUUGUCUGGACUCUCAUUUCCAAAUACGCUCCGAACGAAAUGAACCAAGUGAUCCCGAUCCCACAGGCCGUCAUCCCAACGCCAGAGCUCGAAGUGCUUCAAAAGAAAACGGAAGUGGAGGAUCAAGAGCUGACAAUCAAACCGUCGCCAGCUCCGGCACCUAUUCCCAUCCCAAAUCAAGCUCCAGUCAUCAUUCGUGAAACCAAAGUUGUUGAGACGGUUGACAAGGAUAAGAUCAUCAAAGAGGUGACGGAGAAGGUAAUUUCUUACUGAUACUCUACAUACACAUUUCAAUUCGUUCGAUUCUCAAUACAUAAUAAAGUUGUUGCACAAUAAUUCUCUAAAUAUUUUUCUUAUAGCUGCGUGCCGAGUUGUCUGCCGAAUUUCAAAAAGAGCUGAACAUCAAGAUUGAACAAAACUACAAGGCAAUCAUUGAGCAGCUGAAAUCUGACAUGCCCACCGCUCAAAUUCACGUUGAUAAUUCUCAUCUGGAAGAGCUCAUCCGUCAGCUGAUCUAUCAGUAUGACGCUGAUAAGACCGGACAAGUGGAUUUCGCGAUGGAAACUUCCGGCGGGUCGGUGAUUUCCACGCGAUGCAGUGAAACCUAUCACAGUGAGACCAGACUGCAAAAGUUCUGGAACAUUCCGAUUUACUACUUCGACUACUCACCGAGAGUCGUUAUUCAAGUACGCCUUGUUUCCUUUAUACAAAAAAAAGCAAUUCUGAUGAUGUUUCAGCGCAAUUCCAAAUCGUUGUUCCCAGGAGAGUGUUGGUGCUUCAAAGGAUCUCAUGGAUACAUCGCUGUGGAACUUUCAACUUACAUCGACGUCACCAGCAUCAGUUACGAGCACAUUCCACCACAAGUCGCUCCCGAAGGAAACCGUACCAGCGCGCCAAAGGACUUGCUCGUCUGGGCUUAUCGCAACAUCGAUGACAUGCAGAGCCGAGUGCUGAUUGCCAGGAACACGUAUCAUCUGGAUGCGCCGCCAUUGCAGUUCUUCUUUGCUGAUGUAAGUUUUGUUUCCUAGUUGUCCCUUUCUGCGCUCAAAGUGAAUUCAGUCCCGAAACGUGAAAUUGUCCGGUCUGGCUCGACCCGGCAGGUUCCAAUGAUUCAAAAGUUUGUUUGAAUGUUGGCGGAACAAUAGAUCGCAGUUCUGGCGCUUACUUUUAAAAACUUUUCCGCUCUCGUUUUUCAAUUAUUCAAAAGAAAACUUGUUCAAGGUGCUACCGGUUGUCUCGCCUGUCACGCGGCAUUCUAAGAUGUAGCAGUUUUUGUUUCGAGCAGUUGACAUUUGGGCACACCCUUUUUGCUUUCUACCGCGUCGUACUCCUGAAAAAAAAUCAUACAUUUUUCAGAAAAAACCAUCGUUCCCAGUCAAGUUUGUGGAACUCGAGGUGACUAGCAACUACGGAGCAGACUACACUUGCCUCUACCGACUUCGAGUCCACGGAAAAACUGCAAAUUUUAACGCUCAACCUUGA